AAGCACGCGAGGCCUCGCAGUCAGGUGCAGCGCGCCUGGGGUGUCCGCGGUCGCCUGUUCGGCCGGCGCGUCGUCACGCUGGCCCUUCGUCUCCCUCCGGGAUCCUCGAUGCGCUUCGGACUCUUCGGCGCGCCUCUGGCCAGCAGCAGCAGCUCGCGCCGGGAUGUCUCACGGGCUUCCUGCCGCAGGAAGCAUUUUGCAGAGGAGCUCCUCCUCGGAAGGCACGCAGCAGGGUCACGAAGAUGAUGAAAGGAAAGUAAGACGGAGAGAGAAGAACAGAGUUGCUGCCCAGAGGAGCAGGAAGAAACAAACACAGAAAGCUGAUAAGCUCCAUGAGGAAUACGAGUGCCUUGAGCAGGAGAAUACCUCCCUGAAAAGAGAGAUUGGGAAGCUGACAGAUGAAAUGAAACAACUGACAGAAGUCUUGAGAGACCAUGAAAAGAUCUGCCCUCUUUUGCACCGUUCCUUGAACUUUGGCUUGAUGCCCAGGCAUGAUGCCCUCAGUGGACCCCUGCCACGAUGAGGGCUCCUCUUGAGGAGGACUCUGAAGUGCUACUGAAAUCUUUCAAGAUCCAACGUCUCUCCCUUCGUCAUACUGUGUGAACGGGGGGACAGAUGGACCCUUCAAAACUGUGGACUUCAUCUUAUGGCCAUCAAUGCAUCUUGGAAUCUACCAGAUAUCAAUAAGCCAUUUUAAGGCAAAAAAUGUGAACAAGUGACAACUUCAUGGGAGAAUCUUUGGACACAGUCCCAUGUGUGCCAGAUUUCUUCUGUGCUCUCCAUACCCAGCAAGGAAUCUGGAAUAGUGCAGAAGCUAGGAUACAAAGAAUUUUAAUGUCAAUGUAUGUUUAAAUGGAAUUGUUUAACCCUCAUCAUUGAAAACUUUGGAAAUUAUGAGGGAAGAGUUUGUAGAGAUUCAGGACUGGGCACAGCAUCCUAGGAUCAAGAAUUGGGGUUUCUUGUAUACUUUCCAGCUCUGUGGCUGAGUCCUUGUUCUCUGUAAGCACUGGGUUUCUCCUCUUCCCCUGCUUCCUGUCAAACAUUCCAAGCGCUGCAAAAAAUCCAGAUGCUGCAAAUAGGAUAUGCAGCAUCUUUGGGAGACAGUGCAGCCACAGCACCUCCCACUUGUUUUCUCCCUGAUUCUGUUGUCUGCCUUGGUCAGCUGCUGUGCUAAGCACGGGGCUUCAGGUGUGCUGCAAGACAGGUGAGAGGAGGGGAUGACAGAGCCAAGCAGGAAAUGGAUGGGAGGAGCUGCAACUGCCUUCUCCCCUCCAUUGCUCCAGGCCUUUUAAAGGUGUGUCCUGCGUGGCAGCUCCACAGCUAAAACAAGUCACUCCUGAUAAAGUGCAGAUAAAUCUGGAAAAUACAUUAUGCAGAUAGAAUCUCCUGAGGCAAAUGAUACACAGUCUCCCCAUUUUAAACAAAUGGUGUGGGGAGAGGGGAGUCAGCUUUUGGUUUGGACUUGUUUUGUAAUGGUUACUUGUUCUGGGUCAUCCUGCAGGACACCUUUCUUUAGUAUGUGCAUGCAUUCUGGUUUUCUGUUUGCACAGCUCUUUUAUCUUUAUGAUGCCACCUCACACUGUUUCACUUGUUUUUUUAGUAUCCAUUGCCUUACAGAAUAGAUCCAAAGUCUAAAUCUAAUCACAUUUUCAGCAUAUUUGCUGAAUUGUUCCCAGAUCUUAGUGCAGACAUGGGUUUGGUUUUUUUUGUUUGUUUUAUGGAGGAUGCGUCUCAGAUGAAAGUACAUAAUUAUUUGUACCCUGACUGGAAAUCCUUGUAAACCACUAUUCUUCAAAAAUGUCAUUUCUGAAAACAUGAUUUUCUCUUUAAAGAGAGCUCCCUGCUCAAAAAUACAGUCACACAGAGGGAAAAGAGCUAAGAAGACACAAUGGGUUCUCCAAGAGACCAUCUCUUCUACUCAUUUUGCAGGAUUUCUGCCUUAUGCUUCUAUACUAGAGUACAUUGAAGAAGUGAAAUAUACCCCAGUUCACUGGUAACUUUCAGUGUACUUUUAGAUAUUUAUAGUCCUUCCAGGUGUCGCCAGUAUGGAUUACUCUGAUCAAAAGUGCUUUUGUUGAGACAUAUAGAUAAGACUACGGUUUCCAGAUU